AUGGACUCAGAGACUCAACCAGUACAUGUUGAAGAACUGGGGAAACAUCCCCCAACUUGUUUGGGAGCACCCGGAAACUCAGAAGGCAUGCUGGACAAGAACUCACGCCGGCCAUGGACAAUAGCUUUGGAAACCCUCAAAUUCUCAUGGAAAUCCCGCUUUAUACGCACCCACUACUCACCCUCCAACAAUACCUUCUCUUCCAGAAUGGAGUGCAAAAAUCAAGCCAUGAGUCCCCACCUCUUCCCUGCCACCCACCUAACAUGCCACCACCACCAGACAAACGACAGCGGCUACAGCCACGUCAUCCCUCCCCAGCAACAACAUGUCCACACAACAACCACGGCAGAACAACAGCACAUGACAAGACAUGACCAUUACCAAACAAGCAAGGUCCACGUCGCCACGUGCCAUGACAUCCAGACUGUGAUGAUGAUGCAUGUUGUUGUCACUGUCCACAUCAAUCCAGAAUACCAUUCUCAAUGA